AUUAAUACAAAAUUAAGGUUCUAAUUUUUCAAAUGCUUCUCAAUUAAUAUAUAGGGGAUAUAGUAAGCUGCACACUAAACCAUUAAUCUAAUUAACAUCUAAACCAGUAAACCGGAGUAUGUACCAAUAGUCCCACCCCUCAGAUGAGCUUUCGAAAAUGUUAUGAAGGCUCAUCUUGGAUAUAAGAUGAUGAAAUUGAUGAGAAAACAUUGUUUUAGUUAUAAUAUCAGCAACUUGGUCAUUUGUACGAACAUGGAGAAUCUUCAGAAUACCUUGAUCAAGUCUUUUUCGAAUAAAAUGACAAUCAUUCUCAAUGUGUUUUGUUCGCUCAUGGAACACAUGGUUAGUAGCUAUGUAAAUGGUGGCUGUACUAUCAGAGAACAAUAUACGUUCUUGCAACCGAGGAACCUUCAAGUCAUUGAUCAGCCAAACCAUUUCCUUCACAGCUUGAGACAAAGAUCAGUACUCUGCUUCUGCAGAAGAACAUGAUAUUGUAUCCUGCUUCUUUGACCUCCAUGAGAUCAGCGAAUCUCCAAGAAACACAGACAAGCCUAUUGUUGAUUAUUUACUAUCACGGCAAGAGGACCAAUCAGCAUCAGCAAAGCCCUUUAAAGUCAAAUCCGCAGAAGUAGAAUAGAAAAGACCUUGGCCAACGUCCCUUUGAUAUAUUGUAAUAUUCGAUAGACUGCCUGAAGAUGUAGCAUCUUAAGAGCAGAAGAGUAUUGGCAAGGCUUUUGAUUGACCGCAAAGGGGGUCUCCCCUAGUUGAUGAUAAAACUGAUUACAAACUUCAGAGACUAUUAAUGAAGCUCACACAUCUAAUCUAUUAAAACAAGAGUACAUUUUAGAAAUAGCUCUGAGUUUUCCACAAAUAUUACAUCCUUAUGCCACUCUUUUAAAACACCGAGUUUUGAUUUAAAUUGUACCAAAACCAACGAUUGUUUUUUUAAUAAACCAACCCGACUUUUGAUUCCCAAAGGUUAACCGUGCGUCCCACAAUUAAUCGAUAUCAUAACUCACAUAGUUAAUGAAUUGCCUAAAAUUUUUUUACCUCCCACGAUUUAUUCCUAUAUCUUAGUGAUUCAUCCUAACAAUUACAUUAUCAUAUCAUUCACAUUACUAGCAAAAUAUUCUGUUUUGAUUUCAAUAUUUCGAAUCACGCUAAAUAAAAUUAUUAAAAACAAAUAUUCCUAUUAUUACGCUAGCUUUCAAACAACCUCAUACAAUUUGGAAAUAAAAAUUGGUUUGUAUAUUCGAUAUCUAAUAGGAAAUAAUCACAACUACCACGAUCAUUGAUUAUUUUACGGCGUGCAUCCCUAAUGUAAACCCUAAUUUAAGAUACCGCUAUAUAUAUUUGCCCCAAUAACAUCAAAACCAUAUCAGUCUACGCACUUUCUAUUAAAAUAUCGACAAUGACUACUUUUCAUCCUCUCACAAAACUUCGUCCUUUUAAGAAUCACUGGCGAGUUCAGGUCAAGUGCUUACAUUCUUGGAGGCAGAACACUCCUUUUGGUGAUACAUUUGAAAUGGUUUUAGCAGACCAGUGGGGAAACAAAAUCCAAGCCUCUUGCAAACGAACACUCAUGUACCGUGUUCAACGUGAGCUCCGACUAGGAAAAUGGGGAGUCAUUGAAAAUAUGCAAAUGACUCCAGCCGGAGGCAAAUAUAAAACAACAAGCCACAAAUACAAGAUGAGUAUAUCCGAUGAAACUAUGGUACGAGGCUCCGAUUUAACUGAUGACCGUCUCUUCCUCUCUCUUGCCAAUUAUGAAGACAUUCAAAAGGCCACAAGCAAAAGCAAAGAGGUUCCAUACCUUAUAGGUACUACGUUUUUCAUUUCUUAACAUAAUUGUCUACAUAUCGUUUUUGUGCAAGAUGUAUUUAUACUAUUUGGAAAACUUUAUUUAUUAUUUUGGUUUUCCGUUAGAUGUGAUUGGGAGAGUUCAUGAACUUGGAAAUGUUCAAACCGUCAAAGCACAAGGAGAAGACAGGAAAAGGGUCGAAUUUAGGCUAAUUGACUCACAAGGAAACGAUCUUGCAUGUUGCCUUUGGGGAUCUUAUGCUGAGCAAAUAGAAGCUUUCAUUGAUGAGUGCAAAGAUCGAACUAUUAUUUGUUUGAUAAGGUUUGCCAAAAUCAACUUCUUCAGAGGAGAGGUUCAAAUCACAAACGCCUUCGAUGCAUCACGCAUGUACCUUAAUCCAACAGAACCUGAAGUUUUGGAGUUAACAGAAAGGCUAUCUGAUCAUCAUUUACAACUUGCUCCUUUUGAUAAAUCUAAUGGAAAGAAGGAUCGUAAACGCAUAACUUAUGACUGGAAUGAUGCUGAGAUCAGGUCUAUUUCUGAAAUCAUUGACGGAAAUCAGGUGGAGAUUUGUAAGAUCAUUUGCACUAUUGAAGCAAUAGACACUGAUUGGGCAUGGUUUUACAUUGGUUGUAACCGUCACAGUAAACGUGUCAUUAAGCUCCCAAAGAUUGAUUAUGAAAACAUGACAAAACUUGACAAACCAAUGUUCCGCUGUGAAGUUUGUAAUGCUAAUAUCACUAAUGUUGGACCCAAGUUCAAGCUUCAUCUUGUGGUGAAAGAUGACACAGACACAUGUAAUUUAAUGUUACUAGGCUCUGUUGCAAAUUCCAUCAUUGGCCAUACAGCUGAAGCCCUAUGGGAUGGCUCAUAUGCAGAAAUUGAAGAUCCAGAGAUACUACCAGAACCAAUCCUUAGUUUGGUGGGAAAGUCUUUCUGUUUUGGGCUGUCUUUUGGCUCCGAAAAUGUCACCAAUGGAUCAGGCACCUUCAUGGUUUUAGAGGUUUGUUCUGGAGAUAAAGUUCUAAGUAUUGAUACCAAUUCUGAUGCAGUGACUGAGGUUGGAACAUCUUCAUCUACCAUGUCAUCUGGUGAUGUAUUGAUGUUGGAAUCAAGUUCACCAGAAGAUCCUAAAACUCCCUUUUCAAAGCGCAAAGAAGAUGAUGCGGAUCUAAAUGACCAUUCAUCUACUUCCAAGAAACUGUGCACCAAGAUGAUCAAACAGGAAAAGACCAAAACUGAGUAAUCUGAAGAGUUUCAACAAGUUCUCCCCUUCAAUUUUUUCUAAAACGUUUUUAGUAUGAUUUUUUCUGGUUUUCCAUAGUUUUCUGUUUUCUUUGGUUCUAUUUUGUUAUGUUACUUAUUUUAAUAUUUGAUUUCAAUAAGAAGGUUGUUUUUUUUUAAA